AUGGUCGAGUUGCUUCUCGAUCAUGGUGCGGACAUCAACCGCAAAGAUCCCAAGGGCCGAACCCCUUUGCUCCAUGCUAUGCUCUGGAAUAACGACCAGAUCGUCGAAUUUCUGUUGCUCUACGAUGUCGACCCCGACGCCGAAAGUCACGACGGCUUGACACCUUUGAAGUUAGCUAAUCAAAAGUGCAGGGAAGAUUGGGCGAAAAUACUAAGGCGAAAGCGUGAUGAACGCAAGUCAUCGCGGUCAUAG